AUGAUUGUGGAUGCUCUUUGUAGCUAUCCCAAGCCUGUCUUCAUCUACCUUCCGCCACACGCUGAAUUACGUGGAGGUGCGUGGGUUGUUGUCGAUCCUGCCAUCAAUCCGGACAGGAUGGAGAUGUUCUGUGAUCCGAGCACCUGUCGCGGUGGCGUCCUCGAACCAGAGGGUACUGUAGAAAUAAAAUACCGCACCCCGGAGCUCAUCAAAACUAUGCAUCGGCUAGAUGAUAGGCUAAUUCAGCUGUCCGCUCGACUAAAUGACCUCAAACGACAUGUUUCUGCUGCUAACGUUGCAAACACAACCGCUACUGGAGCUGCUAACACCAGACCUCAGGCGAAUUCUGCUGCCUGUCAUUUGACUACAAGUGCUAAAUUGGCAACCUCGGCUAUCUCAGCGACCUCAAUAUCUACUGUUCCAGAUACUUCAGCUAUCGGUCUGUCUAGUGCUGCCAGCUUUAAGUCCGUAGCAGACAUGCCUGUUUUCAAUGGUCUAUCUGGCUCUGGACUUGAUACCGAAGAGGAAAUAAAGAAAAUAAAGGCAGCAAUAGAUCUCAGACAAAAAGACCUUCUCCCCACCUACAUUCAGGUAGCCCGAACAUUUGCUGACCUACACGACACUCCAGGUCGACUUUCUUCCCGGCGUCUUGUGCAUGGUCUCGUCGCCUGGAGCCAGGCGCGGAAAUUCUUCCACACGAGACUUCGGCGACGUCUACUUGAGCUGGAGGCUGUUGAGCGAAUCCGUGCCGUCUGCAUGCCGUCAUCGGGCCUCGGGCCCUCAUCCGCAGCCAUGAUGCCACUUACCACGGGAACCAAUCAAUUCUCUGUAGGUUAUAGUUGCGGAUUACCUGCUGCAUUAUCAUCAGUAUUUCCUCCGUCUUCGACUACCACCCAACCGGUCAGUCCGUCCGCACUCCGAGUACAUGGGGUUUCGCAGAUGAUCGAAGGUCUUCACUCUUUGUCUGGGAGGCCGAGUUCUGAACCAGCUGGGAGGAAUUCAAUUCCUAUUAUUGCUGUUAGUAGCAGCGAUAAUAAUGUUGACGGUGGUAGUGCCAUUAAAAUAUCCAAUGGUCCAAUUCAGCCUCAACGGGUAGAAGUAGUUUGUUCGGAACAGUCAACCAGGUGCACCUCGAAUAAUACCGAAGAUAUUCCCUCUCUCACGAAUUCAUUUUCAUGCGGGUUAAUAUGUGAGUCAUUUAAUUAG